GGAGCAGCAAGAUGGCGCAGCCGCCGGCUCCCCUCAAGGACGCCAAGCUGAUGGACGUGAAGCUGGGCCAGCUGCCCUCCUGGCUGGCCAUGAGGGACUUCACCCCCGGCGGCAUCGUCAGGGCCGUGCGCAGAGGUUACGACAGGUAUUUCAAUAAAUACAUCGAUGUGAAGAAAGGGGGUGUUGGUGGUAUCGCRAUGGUGCUUGCUGGUUACGUUGUCAUCAGCUACAUCUGGAGCUAUGACCACAUAAAGCAUGACCGUCACAGGAAGUACCACUGAAGCACGGAUUUCAGAAAGAGAAGGGGCAGUCCUUGAACAGACUGGGCUGCUGGAGCAGCUGUCAGACAUCAGAAUUACUCAUCUUGAAACCUGGACUGCUGUUAUGACCAAUAAUAAAGUGUUUGCACUUCAUACUUUCUGA